AUGUCAGAACAAGUAAUUAGAGACUUCGUUGAGGCGAUCAAUGAUCGUAAUUAUUCCCGUAUAGAAGAGUUGGUUGCAGGCUCGUAUAUUUACCAUGGCCAGAGCCAUCCUGACAGAGUUGGGUUUGAUGCUGCAAUUAUACAAGCUCUCAAGCCAUACUUAGAAAGUACGACCCUGAGAUUUGAAAUUGUGAAGUAUAAGGAAGAUGGCGAAUUUUCCUGGACUUUGACGAAGUAUGAAGGACUGGCAGAAGAUCAAGAGACUUGUCUUGAUAGGUAUAAAAUUAAGAAUAAUCAGAUAGUUGAGCAAUGGAAUGGAGAAGAGAAAUCAAGUCUGACUUUGGAAUAG